AUGACCAACUCCCUCUCUGCCGCUACCUGCGCUAUCUACGCACUGCUCGCCAUCCCAGUACUCUACCUCCUCGUCCGACACGGUCGCUACGGCCUUCUGGGAUGGCUCUUCCUGUUCCUCUUUUGUACCCUCCGCAUCAUCGGUGGCGCGCUGGCAGUCAAGGACACCAGCGUCACCGCUAGCAUUAUCUCCAGCGUCGGUCUUUCUCCUCUCCUCCUCGCAGCAGCUGGAAUUCUACACGAGGCUCGAGAAUAUCGCAUCCAAGUCCUCGACAAAAAAAUGGAAUGGGUCUGCGCCCUCGCCUACCAUAUGCUCGUCGUCGCAGGCGUGGCUUUAACAGCUGCCGGCUCCGUGAAACUCCAGAAACACGAGCAACCUCUCGACAAGGCGGAGAGGAUCACCAAGGUAGGUAUCUCGAUUUUGGCGGUCGCGUGGGCGGUUUUGGUUGCCUGGACCGGGUUCUCGUUCAUUGCGCCCCGGGGACGGAAUUCCCCACUCAUGAGGGCAGGGAAUGUCCUGCUCACGGCCCUCGCAUUCUCACUUGUCUUUAUCGGCAUCCGAGUCUUCUACAGUCUUGCUGCGCUGUGCACGCAGAAGGCGUCGCUCAAUCCCGUCACGGGCUCACUGGCUGUUCGUGUGGUGCUGGGAUUCCUGCCCGAGUUGAUUGCAACAAUUCUGUUUAUUGUUGCGGGAAUCAGAACCCAGGGUGCGGCACCGAUGGCUAAGAUCGAGGAGGAGAGGGCAGUUUCGAAACAGCGAGCUCAACCUUGGAUUUAG